CAGGGGCGGGGGCCUGGGCGGGGCCUGGGCCGCGAGGGCGGGGCCGCGGGCUCUGGCUUCCCUUCCGCGAUGGCGGCCGCGUGGGUUCCGGGUCGCCUGCAGCGCUGCGUGGUGUCGCCGACCGGGAGACACAGCGCCUCGCUGAUCUUCCUGCACGGCUCAGGUGAUUCUGGGCCAGGACUGCGGAGGUGGAUUAAGGAGGUUUUGAAUCAAGACCUAACUUUCCAGCACAUAAAACUCAUCUAUCCGACCGCUCCUGCCAGACCAUACACUCCCAUGAAGGGUGGGAUCUCCAACGUGUGGUUCGACCGGCUGAAGAUCUCUAACGACUGCCCCGAGCAGCUGGAAUCCAUCGACACCAUGUGCCGGGUGCUGACCGAGCUCAUCGAUGAGGAAGUCCGGAGCGGCGUGAGCAAGAGCAGGAUCCUGCUAGGAGGAUUUUCGAUGGGAGGUUGCAUGGCCUUGCACCUAGCAUACAGGAGCCAUCGCGACGUGGCAGGGGUAUUUGCUCUUUCGAGUUUUCUGAAUAAAGCAUCUGCUGUUUACCAGGCACUUCAGAAGAGUGACGGAGUGUUCCCGGAAUUAUUUCAGUGUCACGGUACUGCAGACGAGUUGGUCCUUCAUUCCUGGGGUGAAGAGACAAAUUCAUUGUUAAAAAGUCUAGGAGUGAACACAAAGUUUCAUAGUUUUCCAAAUGUGUACCAUGAACUCUGCAAAACUGAGCUACAACAACUGAAGUCCUGGAUUCUUACAAAGUUGCCAGAAGAGAUGGAGAAGCAAUAUGAGUGAAUUCAGAUUGAUUUGUUAAAAUGCAUAUACUGUCAUUUUAGAAAGUGAUUUCUUACUGCCAAAUUAUAAAUAAAAUACUAAGAGAUGAU